ACAACCCCAGAACUCUGCCUUAUCAAAGGACCAGAUUCAGGAGCUUAUUGACCAGUCCAUGAACAGGUCUAUACAGUCCGCUGUUAAUAAUACCAUGUCCGCUAUGCACGAGUCAAUGGCUAAAUCUGUAGCGACUACUGUGUCCCAAAUGAUGGCUCACAAAUUCCACCAGUAUGAGGUAUUAAUUAAUAAAGACCUCCCUUAAAAAUGUUCAUCAAAAAAGAGGCAUGUUAAUCCUAACGACCUUCCCCAUAGUAAACCCAAAAAAGCUCAUUUUAGUAAUGAAGGUCAAGAUUAUGAUACAGGUUUCCCUCACACGAGUAGCCAUACUUCAGAUGCCAAUCCAAUGCAUCACUUACCCUCUACCCGAGAGGAGCAAAAUGUGAAUCGGGUUAAUAACGCCUCUUCCCAGAGCCAGUCCAAUCAAAAUAAUGUCUAUGAUGACAUUGAGAUUUCGGAUAAUUCGGAAUUCUCUGAUAUAGAAGAUUCCUCUUAUGAUCCCAAUUUUAUAGAGGAAGAUGAUUCUAAUUAUAAUGACCAUAUUUCUGAGGACUCUAAUACUGUAGAAUCCAAUGUCUUGGAUAGUUUUGGUGUCCCUUUCUUUAAUCCUGCUCAGAUUAUCCACCCCAGAUCAGGAGAUUGGACACCUAAUCCCCAGAUUGAUAAAUUUAUUGCCUUAUGGCUUAAGAAAGCAUUGGAUAACAAAACACGUAAUAAACUACGAGCUGAAUGUCCUAGACCUUCCAUUUCGGAAGCAUCCACUUCCACUCCUGAACUAGACCCUAUCCUUGUUAAAUAUCUGCAAAAAUCGGGAAAGAAUCCCAAAAAAGGCAUUGAUCGCAGCUUUAAGCUGUGUCAGGAUAGGUUAAUGGAUCUUCUGGGUCCCAUUGCAAAACUCCUUGACCUCACUGAGAAUGCAGCGGUAGCUGGCACUCCUUUAGAUAUCCCCACCAUGAGAGGCUGUACUCAACGCCUCAUGUGUAUAUUUGGUAAUGUUAAUCAAUCUUUUUGUACGGAAAGGAGGAGAGCAAUUUUAACUAAAUUGGAUCCACAACUAGCUUACUUAGCUUCCAAUGAAUCCUCCAACCCUAAAGAUAAUUUUUUAUUUGGUGAUCAAUUUAUUAAAGAGAUAUCCAAAUAUGUUGGAUUAUUCUCUUCAUUGGACAAAGCUCAGACUUCACUUAAAAAAGUCUUUAGUAGUAAGGUUUUUACCAGGGCCGGAAGAAGCAGGAGCCGUUUUUCCGGCCGUGCCCAGUUCAGAGGUCAACAAAGAGGCUCCUUCCAACAGGACAGAAACUACCCUAUGCCUACAGCCCAACCUAACCCCUUCUUCCCAUACCGUGGAAGACCAUGGAGGACCCGAGGACAAAGGGGUGUCACCCGUUCCAGACCUUCAGCUUACUAAUCGGCAAGGAGCAUGCAGUUUCCUGUUCUACUUGUAUUUGUAUUGGAUUCUUGUGUCUUUCACCAGCCAAAUGCUUCUCCAGAUUCUUCGCUGAUCUCCAUCCAUCUUUCCACCUGUCGAAGGAUGUACAAGUUCGAAUUCUAUAGUUCCAUCUUCAGAGACUUAUGGAGUUUACCGUAAAGAAAGAGGGAUAUUUCCAGCAUGCAGAUCCUUUUAUAGACUAACCUGGACUCCUAUUGGCUAACUCCUACCUAGCACACCUGGUUGUCUCACCUGCUCCACUACUCCUAUGUUCAAACAAGUUUUUUCUUGUUACAUAUACGUUUUAAUGUUACUGCUAUUUGAUUAUCCAGUAAAGAAA